GGAUCGAGCUCCCGCCACCUCUACCGUCGUAACUAGUAGUGUGGCUCAGCUGUUUCUGUUUACUAAACAAAGGAGCCAGAAAUCAGUUCAACGGUGGACGGCGAGCGGGGCACGUUCGUGUGUCCGUUAGCGACACCACUUCUUUUUCUAACCCUUUUAGACCAACCAAUAAACCGAUCUCGCUUCAUGAUCGCAGGCAAAAAUCGCGAGUGCUUCUAACCAGGAUAUUUCUCGAGCCUCGUCGAUUGUUAACCACCGGAUACCGGAGCGAUAUCGGAGGUCCAAAGCACGCAGUGAGACGAGGAAACAAUUACAUUUGGACAAAUGAAUCGGUCUUUACCCCAAACUUUCUACACCAAAAGGAAUCACCGUGAAGUAAUUUGUGUGUUCCCAAAACUAUCCAGUGACUAUCCAUCGACCUGUUGUUCCAAUUCCAGUACCAGAAAUGGCAACUAAAUUCCUAAUUCGCACAAUUCGCUUUUAAUAUUCGCUCGAAUUCGCUUUGUAACCAUUGACUCGAUAUCAAGAUAACUGGAAAACUUAUAAAUUUAACGAAUGCAGUAAACAUGCCGUCAUUGUUAGAGGCGCUGGAGCUGAAGUACGGCAGUUCAACGACCGACUGCUCCCUCACGGACGAGGAGACCGAGUCGAGCUCGCCGAAGGCCGCCCUCUCGGUCAGCAUCUUCAUCCCGAAGAAGUCGCCCCGGCACACGGUGCCCGCGUUGCUCGUGUUGCAGGACUGCGACAUCGAGUCGGCCGGGAACGACGCGGAGAAACUCAGCAAGAAAUGCAGGAACGUGGAGGAGCUCGACCUCGCGCAAAACAAACUGUCCCAAUGGAACGAGGUGUUCGGCAUUCUCCAGCACAUGCCCAAGAUCAAAUUCGUGAAUCUUAGCUUCAAUUGCCUGGCCGAGGUUCUCGAGAUCAAGCACGGCAGCUACGACAUGUUGAAGAAUCUCGUGUUGAACGGGACCAGGGUCACCUGGUCGACGGUCCAGGGAUUGAUCCGUCUACUUCGCAAUCUGGAGGAGCUUCACCUCUCGUUGAACGAGUACAAGACGGUCGACCUUGACUAUCAAUUGCCCGAGAAUAAGAACGUGUCCGUGAAAAAGUUACAUUUCACCGGGAACCCAGUCGAGGUGUGGAACGAAAUUUCGAAACUUGGCUACGUGUUCCCAAAUCUCGAGAGCCUCGUGCUAGCCGAGUGCCCGAUAAGGUCGUUGGCUCUUGUUGACAAUAGAAACUUGAACGAGGAGCCGUGCUCGAAGAAGGGGGCGGAGGACGACAACGAGAAUAUGAACAGCGUGGUGGCGGAGGAGGAGGAGGAGGAGGAGUUGGAGGGGGGCGGCACGUCGCUGGUGGACGAGAAGGGAAACAGGAUAUUCAGCGAGGGAAAAUUGAAUUACGACAGAUCAGAGUCGGAAUCGGAAUCGAGCGGCACGACUAUCAGAUCGUCUCACGAUCCUUUCAGAAAGCUAAGGUUUCUGAACGUGAACGGCACCCUGUUGUCCACGUGGGACGACGUGGAACGGCUUGCCAGGUUUCCAGCGCUUAAAUCGUUGAGGAUUCAGGGCUGCCCUCUCUUCGAGGUUCGAUCCAUAGACGUGUACAGAACGGUUUUCGAGUUGAAAACCAAACUGGAGACGAUGGUGAAAAUCCCGGCGAAUAGGAUGAGACUUUUUUACGUGGAUCAGGUUAUGAAGGCGCAAUACGGACCGGAGGAGAUGCUCUACCCGAACAAGCAAUUGUAUCGGUACAAUAUACGGAACGGCGACGAAAUCAUUAUCGACAGCAAGCUGAAUCGUUUUGUAUCGACGUCGUCGACCACGUCUUCCAUUCGUUCAUGAAGAAGGUUCUCGAGCGAAUCAUCGGACGAUACGAAACAUCACACCUGACAGUUGUUGCUGACCUCCAGUGAAAAGUGAAUGAGAUAUCGAGAUUUCGAUCAAUUAUAUGGAUGGAGAGACUCGGAAUUUUUUUAUAUAUAUAUACACACACACACACACACGCCGAACAAUUGUUCUAGAAAAUAUAUCGAUUCUUCAGGGUUGAAAAAGGAUACGAUUAAAAAGGCGCGUUUGUGCGUGAAAAAUGGCUGCGAGAGAAAGUUUAAAGUUUUUACGACACUUGGACGAAUUAGAACGUAUUCUAAAAAAAAGGGGGGGGGGGAAUUAAAUUUUCAUGUACAGGCAGGUGUUCGUAUACUCUAUGCAACGUUUUUAACGAAACGAUUUUAGCGAAUGCGUUUGUAAAAAAAAAAAAUAUUACGACUCUCUUCGAAGCUUCAUGUUAAUCGUUAGCGUAGAUUGCAGUGAAAUCAAUCUAUCAAGACAGGGAUAUAAACUACCCUCUUAGUUAAAUAGAAAUCCAAUUUAUCGAUUGUUUCUUCGAAUAGUUAGAAGAAGAAUAUUGCUAAGAAAUGAGAAAGUUCAUACGCUGGCCAUAUUGUGCAAAAAAAAAGAAAAAAGAAAAAAAACCUUGAAAUUGUGAAAUUUGGAUAUGAAAUAGGAAAAAUCAAAGAAGAAAAAAAAAAAAAGAAAAGAUGUAGAGCUAAAUAUCGCAAGCGUAUCGAAAUUAAAAAUGGAAGAAUACAUUGAUGGACGACCAGUAGUGAUAUUUUCAAUUCCGCAGCCAAAUGUAUCGUGUUAGAAAACUGUUAUCUAGCAAACUGUUAAAUUUCGAUUUAUUAAGAUUUUGUAAUGAAGGUAGAAGAUUCAUUGAAUAUCAAGAUCGAGUUGAAUUAGCUUCGUGGAUGACAACUUUUUGAACUUGCGUAAGGUGAUUCACAUAUUUCGAAAAUACAAUGUGACAAGUAUGAUAAAGAUGCGUAUGCCGAAGAGAAUUAUUUUUAUAGAUCCUGAUUGGGUACGAGAGAGA